GUUGAGGUUGACUAGGGUAUGUGAAAUCCGGCAGUCACAGGUCGAGGCGCCACUAGUGUCAUGGUCUUUUCCUGUUCACGCUUACUCCAAAGAAGACGUGAACGAAAUUUGUAUGAUAAAUCAUGGCUGACAUAGAAACAUAUGACGAUAUAGUGGUACCUACCACUACAACUUUGCCAGUGGCACUUUCUGCUGAAUUGCCAGAAAUUAAAUUAUUUGGUCGUUGGAAUUGCGAUGAUGUACAGGUGAACGAUAUGUCAUUACAAGACUAUAUCGCUGUAAAAGAGAAAAAUGCAAAAUAUCUACCACAUUCUGCUGGACGUUAUGCUGCGAAACGAUUUCGAAAAGCUCAAUGUCCUAUAGUUGAACGCCUUACAAAUUCUUUAAUGAUGCACGGAAGAAAUAAUGGCAAAAAGUUAAUGGCAGUAAGAAUUGUAAAACAUGCCUUUGAAAUAAUUCACCUGCUAACGGGUGAUAAUCCUUUACAGGUUCUUGUGACGGCUAUCAUUAACUCAGGACCAAGAGAAGAUUCCACGCGUAUUGGUCGUGCUGGUACAGUUAGAAGACAAGCGGUGGAUGUUUCUCCGCUACGACGAGUAAAUCAGGCCAUUUGGUUAUUAUGUACCGGUGCUAGGGAAGCCGCAUUCCGUAAUAUUAAGACGAUUGCCGAAUGUUUGGCGGAUGAACUCAUCAAUGCUGCCAAAGGUUCGUCUAAUUCUUACGCGAUUAAAAAGAAAGACGAACUCGAACGUGUUGCUAAAUCUAAUCGAUAAACAUGUUUAUUUGUGAAAACAUAAAAUAAAUGAUAUAUCUUUAAAGUGA